AUGACUGAGGAGCUGCUUUUCAACCGUCGACCUUUUGGCGAGGGCCAAACACAGGACGCCUUCCGGCGACAGACAGCGGUGGAAGGCCGGCUUCUGACCCGAGAUCGGGAUCAGAGGCCAGAUGUGCUGGAAGCUAUUCGAGACCCUUACAUCCGGAAGACUUGGACAGAUCAGUCAGCUCGGGCUCGCAAGUGA